UAUUUUGGGUCCAUGGCCAGGAAACUCCCCAGACCUUAAUCCCAUUGAGAACUUGUGGUCAAUCCUCAAGAGGCGGGUGGACAAACAAACCCCCACAAAUUCUGACAAACUCCAAGCAUUGAUUAUGCAAGAAUGGGCUACCAUCAGUCAGGAUGUGGCCUAGAAGUUAAUUGACAGCAUGCCAGGGCGGAUUGCAGAGGUCUUGAAAAAGAAGGGUCAACACUGCAAAUAUUGACUCUGCACCAACUUCAUGUAAUUGUCAAUAAAAGCCUUUGACACUUAUGAAAUGCUUGUAAUUAUACUUCAGUAUUCCAUAGUAACAUCUGACAAAAAUAUCUAAAGACAAUGAGGCAGCAGACUUUGUGAAAAUUAAUAUUUGUGUCAUUCAAAACUUUUGGCCACGACUGUACAUUUAACAAACAAGAAAAUUGUGCCCUUUGGUUUGCUUAAUAUAAGGAAUUUGAAAUUAAUUUGAAAUUAUUUAUACUCUUACUUUUUCUUUUGUAUAUUUUAGCAAUUACAUUUACUUUGAUACUUAAGUAUAUUUGAAAACAAAUAAUUUUAGACUUUUACUCAAGUAGUAUUUUUGCUGAGUUACUUACACUUCUACUUUAGUCGUUUUCUAUUAGUGUAUCUUUUAUUUUACUCAAGUGUGACAAUUGGGUACUUUUCCACCCCUGAACAAACUUAGCUGAACAAAACAUCCAAUAGGCGCUCUCAAAAUUGGCGCUCCGUGUACAGGAAACACUUGUCUGUCAAGCAAUCGCGCUAAAUGUUGAAAAGCGUUCACUUCAUUGAGCGCGAUUAAUCAGCUUCGCAAAGACGAUACCAGCUACUAAACAAUUCGACUCUAACUGACUCGAGAGGAUCAGGAUGACUACCCAGAAGAAAGCCCCUGUGGACCGAGGCUGUGCUGUGGCCGUCAUCAUCUUUAUCCUGGGACUGGGGACACUGCUGCCAUGGAACUUCUUCAUCACCACCACUGAGUAUUUCGACGACCGCCUCAAAGGGACCCCGUCAAGUUACGGAACGACCCCAGUUACUAAUGGAACGACCCCAGUUACGAAUGGAACGACCCCAGUUACUAAAGACUACGAAUUUGCCAGCUUUAUGACCCUUCUAUCCCAGCUGCCCCUGCUCCUCUUCACCCUAGCCAACUCGUUCCUGUACCAAUGUAUCAGAGAGAAGGUCCGGAUUGCUGUCAGUCUGGUCUCCAUCCUCUGCCUCUUCCUCCUCACGGCCAUUAUGGUCAAGGUGCCCAUGCAGCCCGACAGCUUCUUCUCUAUUACCAUGGCAACUAUCUGGUUCAUCAACUCUUUUGGAGCUGUGCUCCAGGGCAGUCUGUUUGGGCUGGUAGGAAUGCUCCCCCCGAAGUACAGCACAUUGUAUCUGAGUGGUCAGGGACUGGCAGGGAUCUUCGCUGCUCUGGCCAGUCUGCUCUCUAUCCUCAGUAAAGCAGACAAGGCCAGUGCUGCUCUUGGGUACUUCCUAACCCCCUGUUUGGCAACUCUGCUCACUUUGCUCAGCUACUUACUACUGCCACACCUGGAGUUUGCCCGGUUUUACUUUGAGAAAAGUAAAAGUCACCAUGACCAACUGGCGACCUCAAGCGAGCCUCUCAAAAGUGCAGACAAAGAAAAAGAAGCUUUGGCCAAUGGUGACCUGAAUGGCUACAACAAUAAACCCAUAAUAACAAAUGGUGAUUUUGAGGCCAGUGGGACCAAAGAAGCCCUGUCAAUGACAAAACAGACUGACAGUCACACCAGGUCAUCUGUCCUGGCAGUCUUCAAAAAAAUUUGGGUGAUGGCCCUCUGUGUGACGUGUGUGCUGGCUGUCACACUGUCGGUUUUCCCCGCUGUCACGGUGAAAGUGAAGAGUGUGUAUGGAAACAAGGAGUGGGACCGAUACUUUCUCUGUGUCUGCUGCUUCGUCGUCUUUAACGCCAUGGACCUGAUUGGCCGCAGUGUCACCUCUAUGGUUCAGUGGCCCUCAAAGAGAAGCCGUCUGUUGCCAGUGCUCGUGGGGUCCCGUGUGGUCUUCAUCCCUCUCAUUAUGCUGUGUAACACUGACAACCGUCAGUACCUGCCAGUCCUGUUCUCCCAUGACGUUGCCUUCGUUGCCAUCAUGACAUUAUUCGCCGUGUCCAAUGGAUACUUAAUCUGUCUCUGCAUGUCCUACGCACCUCAGUUGGUGAGGUCUAAAGACUGUGAGACAACAGGGGCCUUGAUGACCUUCUUCCUGGCUCUGGGUCUGUCUCUAGGGGCAGCCCUCUCCUUCCUGCUGAGGAACCUGCUUUAGAGAACACUACCUUCUACAUACCGCUCUAACCAAACCAAGUCUGGUUACGCUCUUAUAAAAAUAGACUGCUAUCUUGAACCUAAAAGGGUUAUCCAUCUGUCCCCAUAGGAGAAGACUUUGAAGAAGCCUUUUUGAAUCCAGGCAGAACCCUUUUGGGUUCCAUGUAGAACCCUCUGUGAAAAGAAAAGGGUUCUACCUGGAGCCAAAAAGGGUUCUCCUAUGGGGACAGCCAAAUAACCCUUUUGGAACAAUUUUUUUCUAAGAGUGUAUUUAUGUGUUAUUCGUUGAAUAGAAAUGGGUUAUACACAUAUUCAUUAAUGCCAAAGCAAACGUACAGUACCAGUCAAAAGUUUGGACACACCUAUUCAUUCCAAGGUUUUUCUUUAUUUUUACUAUUUUCUACAUUGUAGAACAAUAGUGAAGACAUCAAAACUAUGAAAUAACACAUAUGGAAUGAUGUAGUAACCAAAACAUUUAUUUUAUAUUUGAUAUUCCUCAAAGUAUCCACCCUUUGCCAUGAUGACAGCUAUGAACACUCUUAGCAUUCUCUCAACCGGCUUCAUGAGGUAGUCACCUGGAAUGCAUUUCAAUUAAGAGGUGUGCCAUAUUAAAAGUUAAUUUGUGGAAUUUAUUUCCUUCUUAAUGCGUUUGAGCCAAUCAGUUGUGUUGUGACAAGGUAGGGGUGGUAUACAGAAGAUAGCCCUAUUUGGUAAAAGACCAAAUCCAUAUAAUGGCAAGAACAGCUCAAAUAAGUAAAGAGAAAUUACAGUCCAUCAUUACUUUAAGACAUGAAGGUCAGUCAAUCCGGAAAAUGUCAAGAACUUUGAGUUUCUUCAACUGCAGUCGCAAAAACCAUCAAGCACUAUGAUAAAACUGGCUCUCAUGAGGAAGGCCACAUGAAAGGAAGACCCAGAGUUACCUCUGCUGCAGAGGAUAAGGUCAUUAGAGUUAACUGCACCUCGGAUUGCAGCCCAAAUAAAUCCUUCACAGAGUUCAAGUAACAGACACAUCUCAACAUCAACUGUUCAGAGGAGACUGCGUGAAGAAACCACUACUAAAGUACACCAAUAAGAAGAAGAGACUUGCUUGGGCCAAGAAACACAAGCAAUGGACCUUAGACCGGUGGAAAUCUGUCUUUUGUCUGAUGAGUCCAAAUUUGAGAUUCUUGGUUCCAACCGCCGUGUCUUUGUGAGACGCCGAGUAGGUGAGCGGAUGAUCUCCGCAUGUGUGGUUCCCACCGUGAAGCAUGGCGGAGGAAGUUUGAAGUUGUUGGGGUGCUUUGCUGGUGACACUGUCUGAUUUAUUUAGAAUUCAAGGCACACUUAACCAGCAUGGCUAUCACAGCAUUCUGUAGCAAUACGCCAUCCCCUCUGGUUUGCGCUUAGUGGGACUAUCAGUUGUUUUUCAGCAGGACAAUGACCCAAAACACACCUCCAGGCUGCGUUAGGGCUAUUUGACCAAGGAGAGUGAUGGAGUGCUGCAUCAGACCUGGCCUCCACAAUCUCCCAACCUCAACCCAAUUGAGAUGCUUUGGGAUGAGUUGGACCACAGAGUGAAGGAAAAGCAGCCAACAAGUGCUCAGCAUAUGUGGGAACUCCUUCAAGACUGUUGAAAAAGCAUUCCUCAUGAAGCUGGUUGAUGAAGAGAAUGCCAAGAGUGUGCAACGUUGUCAUCAAGGCAAAGGGUGGCUACUUUGAAGAAUGUAAAAUAUAAAAUAUAUUUUUGAUUUGUUUAACACUUUUUUGGUUAUUACAUGAUUCUAUAUGUGGUAUUUCAUAGUUGUGAUGUCUUCACUAUUAUUCUACAAUGUAGAAAAUAGUAAAAAUAAAGAAAAACCCUUGAGUAGGUGUGUCCAAACUUUUGGCAGGUACUGUAUAUGUAUAUUUAAAACGAAGAAAAGUUAUUGCACUGUCACGCCCUGACCUUAGAGAUCCUUAUUAUUCUCUAUGUUUGGUUAGGUCAGGGUGCGACUCGGGUGGGAAAGUCUAUGUUUUCUAUUUCUUUCUUUUUGGCCAAGUAUGGUUCCCAAUCAGCGGCAGCUGUCUAUCGUUGUCUCUGAUUGGGGAUCAUAUAUAAGUUGUCAUUUUCGUUUUGGGUUUUGUGGGAUCUUGUUUUCUGUUUAGUUUCUUAGCCUUACAGAACUGUGUGCUUUCGUUUUUUGACUUUGUUAUUUUGUUUGGUGUCAUCAAUAAAGUUACGAUGUACGCCUA